AGAGGCAGAGUUGGUAGGCUCAUAUAAAUACCUCAUCGAGAUCAGCAGUAGCGUUUAGUCUCUUUUCGCAUCUAUUGGGCUGCACAGGCCCACACCUGAGCUGGUUUAACACGCGUCGUCGGUUUAUAGCGUCGGUGUACUUUGGCCCGGUGGCAUUGUGUUUCGGGCGUUAGUUUUACCUUCAUAAUCGUGGUGCAUUCUAGUCGCAAACUGUGAUACUAAAGAUCCUCUGUGGCGAUUAGAUAGUGAGACGCAUAACAAAGCGAACCAUUUCAAGGGGUUUGGCCGAUGUGCAGCAAGUUCAGUAAAUACUAAACACUCUGUUAUCAUUCCAAAUGUGUGCCAGCUUCUAAGGUGUUGCGAGCAAUAAAAACAAGUAAUUUGACGCUGUGAAUAGAAGAUUUACGAUUGUGCUAAAAUUUUCCAACGAGUGUUACAGUAGCGUGUUGUGACUCGUGGCGAAAAGGAAGAAUGCAAAGCUCAAUGAAGUGUGCCUCACCACAGCAGAGGUGCCGACGUCGGUGGUGUCAACAGAGCCUACCGCAGAUAGGUCAUCGAUCAACCGUGGCGACGACGACGACAGUUUGGUGCUACUGCCAUAUGAUAUUGAUCUCAAUUUUGCUGAUACUCUCUUGUGGGAGUGGUGGGUCGAAUGCACAGAUCACCCGGAGAUUCCCGGACGAUUUCCGCUUCGGAGUGGGAUCUUCCUCCUACCAGAUCGAGGGAGGUUGGAACGAAGGAGGCAAGGGGGAAUCGAUUUGGGAUCGGAUGACGCAUCGGUUUCCGGAAAAGCUAGAGGAUGGCAGCAAUGGAGAUGUCAGUGCGGAUAGCUAUCAUCAGUGGCGACGUGACGUUGAGAUGGUACGCGAACUCGGGGUCGGGGUUUACCGGUUCUCAUUGUCCUGGCCUCGGAUUCUUCCGAGUGGGUUUGUGAACAGUGUCAGCAAAAACGGAAUCCGGUACUACGGCCGACUGAUCGAUGAGCUGCAAAAGUACAACAUCACUCCGAUGGUGACGUUGUAUCAUUGGGAUUUGCCUCAGUCACUGCAGGAGCUGGGCGGAUGGACCAAUCCUGAGCUGAUUGGAUAUUUCAAUGACUUUGCACGGGUUGCGUUUGAGCAGUUUGGAGAUCGGGUGAAAAUUUGGACUACGUUCAAUGAACCGUGGCACGUUUGCGAGCAAGGCUAUGGAAUUGAUUUUAUGGCUCCGGCCAUGGAUUUCCCCGGUAUUCCGUCGUAUCUUUGCGGACAUAAUUUGCUGAAGGCACAUGCGGAAGUCGUUCAUAUGUACAGGAGACGGUUCCAGCCGAAGCAACAUGGAACAAUCGGAAUAACUACGGACAUUUCCUGGCCCGAGCCCAUGAGCAAUACCGAUAGCGAUAAGGAAGCUUCCGAGCAAGCUUUGCAGUUUUAUAUUGGCUGGUUUGCCCAUCCCAUUUUCUCCGAAAGUGGUAAUUAUCCACAGAUUAUGAUUGAUCGCGUGGCAGCGCUCAGUAAACAGCAGGGAUACUCAAAGUCACGGCUGCCGGCCUUCACGCGAGAAGAAGUGGAUAUGAUCAGAGGAACUGCAGAUUUCUUCGGCAUCAAUUCGUACACGUCGGUCCUGGUGAGGAAGAACGAUAGAAACAACACUGCCAAAUUCCCGGUACCGUCGUUCAACCACGAUAUGGGAGUGGUGGAGUCCAGCGACCCCAGCUGGCCGACUAGUGGCUCGGUGUGGUUACAUGUGGUACCAUCAGGAAUGAACAAGCUGCUUAACUGGAUCCGCCGCGAGUACAACAAUCCACCGAUCUACGUCACCGAGAAUGGCGUUAGCGAUCGGGGCGGCACCCACGAUGUCAAGCGAAUCGACUACUUCAACUCGUACCUGGAGGCCGUGCUGGACGCCAUCGAGGACGGGUGCAAUGUGCAGAUGUAUAUCGCCUGGAGCCUGAUGGAUAGCUUCGAGUGGAAGGCCGGUUACACUGAGAAAUUCGGUUUGUACCACGUGGAUUUCAAGAAUCCAAACCGGACCAGAACUCCGAAGGCGUCCGCCAAGGUAUAUGCCAACAUUGUACAAACGCACCGGAUCGAUUGGAGCUAUCGUCCAAAGCCGGAGGUUAUGAUCAAAGCGCCUUCUCCGUAUCGCUCAAACAGUAGUAUUAGAGUUCCUGUGAUAUACUUGACCCUGGCGAUGUUGGGAGUUGUGUUGAAGGUGGUUUACAGCAGUUAGAAGAUCUUGUGGUUUUGAUAUGUGUGAAUCUCGACUGUACCUCUGAAUGUAUUUUAUAAUUUAUUUUUUUUUGUACAUAUGUGUAAUUUUAAAUCGAAAAUAAACAAACGAAUUUAUAU